AUGACACGAGCUAAACAUAGAGCCGGCAUUCUUGUAGAGACAACAACAGGUAAACCAAAGCGAGCCAAGGAGAGUGCGCAAACUUUUGCAAACCACUGGCGCAAAAAAGAAACAUUGCAAACAGAAGAAGCCAAGCGCGUAUUAAAAUCUAGACUUGAAAAUAUGAGAAAACCUGCUGGCAUUUCUGAAAGAUUGGUCAAAAUCAACAAGGAUAUUAUACAACCAGAAGAACCGCAUCUACUUAAAGUAGCAGUUAUUGGCGCAGCGAAUGCAGGCAAGUCAACACUAGUCAAUAAAAUCGUAGGAGAAGAGGCAAGUCAUUUCUUUGUAAUAUCAUCCAUUGACAUAUUGAGUAGAUUUCAGAUUGUGUUUUUGGAUACACCAGGCGUUAUUCCAGAUCGCAAUCAUGCUAAAAUGAACCGCACCCUCGCUACUUCUUCAUGGCGUUCUUUAGAUGAAGCAGAUCAUAUUCUCAUUGUUGUGGAUGCAAGUCGAGCCGUUCAAUUACAAGCACGUAUAACAGAAGAAUUCUUGUUGGAUAGAUUACGUGAUGUUGAUAUGCCUGCAACACUGGUUUUUAACAAAAUGGAUUUGAUGUACAAGGAUAGAGAAGAACUAGAAAAGGUUAUAGAAAGAUAUAAGGAAGGUUAUUCAAACAUAAAGCAUAUCUUGUUCACUUCAGCGGUUUAUGAAGAAGGUUUGCCUGCGGUUAAGGACACUUUGUUUGCUGAAUCGCCUGCUAAGGAAUGGAUUUAUCCUGCUGAUCAAAAGACGGAAAUGGCAGACUUGAAGCGAGUCGAGGAAAUUAUUCGUAUCGAAUUCUUUAAGCGCCUUCAUCAAUACAUCCCUUACAUGCUAAAGCAAGAAAAUGCAGGCUGGACCGAACUCAAUGAUGGCACUCUGCGCAUAGAUCAAAAUGUAUUUGUAGAAAGAGAUAGCCAACAGAAAAUAGUAGUUGGACAAAAUGGAAGGAUUAUCAACAAAGUGAUUGAGCAAGCAAGAGACCAAAUCAGUCGAGCAUUGGAUCGACCUGUCAAGUUAUUUAUUCAAGUCAAAAAGAAGAAGAAUACCUAA